AUGUCCGAGUUGAAUCGUAUUUUUAGUGAUUUAAGAGAGAAUUAUGUUCCCGGCCUGCAGUGGGUCGAUGUGGAGGAGUGGCUGUACGGCGAGAUAGCAAGUCCGGAUGAGGGCAAUGAGCGCGGCCGCGAGUUCUGGUCGCUGCCAAUAUGGAGCCGCCAGGAACAAAUGCAACAACAACUGCAGACGCUACGCGAAUUGGCGGGCGUCAUACGGUCUUUGCGCGACGACGAAGGCAGUAUAUCCACCAACAGUUAUAGCAAUACCCACGACAACUGGUCAAACAUUAUAAGUUUCUCUCCGGCCAGUGCAUAUCUCGCGUACAUCUACACUGUCGUGAGCUUGUCCAUUCCGCCCGCCCAUAUACUGGAGGCAGCUCCUGACGUGCUCAAUCAGAACCUCAACCUGCAGCUUUCCCUGAAUGCGGCCAGCACGUACCUGCUGACGCUUACCAUUCCGGGAGCCAAGCGCUAUGCUAUCUUUGACGAGGACGUCAUCGAGCAAGUGCUGAAGCUGUUCGUCCUGCUGGAGCAGAAUGCGGACCGCAGCGUUUUUGCAGACACCAUCUGGAUGCACUUUCUGACGAUGUGCGAUGACCUGAAGCUGGUCUUCCGCUAUGUACAUUUCAAGGAGCAUGUCAAGAUAAGGGACAAGAUAAUCCGCUGCCUCCUACAGAUUCUCUACAUGAAUUUCCAAAAGGGCUAUCAGAAUUCUCGUGCUCCUGCACUGCACGCGAAAUGCUACGAACUAUUUGGCGAAAUAACCAACGAGCACAAUGGCGACGUCUAUGACACACUGCAUUUAUUAAUGCGGCAAUCGUUCCCCAUGCACAUAUUCACGGACAGUCCGCAGAACAUUGGCAGCGGACGACGGGCCGGGCCCAUGCAGACUGGCGAGCACAUAUCUGAUUGGUUUAUUCAGCUCAUAGACAAAUAUCCCGACAUAUUAGCCCAAAUAUUGCACGUCUAUAUUAAGUGUGUGGUGUCCAAUCCCCUAAAGGCGUGGAAAGCUAGUGAUGAGAAGAUUGCUAUUGGCUAUGCGGCCAAAUACGACAGAAUUCUCUAUGCCAAAUGCAAUAAGUCAUGUGCAGAUUUCCUCUUGGAAGCCGUUAAAGCAGACGAUGCGGUGGGCAUCCAAACCCGUGCCCUAGAUCUUAUUGAACGCUUCCUGCUCCAACAAACCGAAGUCGAGUGGAGCAUUUUUCGCCACGAGGUGUCCAAGGUUCCGCGAGAAGUCCGCCUGCUGCAGGAAGUGAUACGUUGCCUCAACGACAGAACCUUCAGCGUGCGCCGGAAGGCCUGUCAAGUGCUAAUUUCGGCGCUGAAGCAGGGAUCGCCUAGGACUACCAAAAUACUACAAGAGAGCAUCCGUUUCGUUCAGUUCGAUGCCACUGAUGUGGAGACCCUGGCCGAGCCGUCUGCUGAACAGCAUGAGCUGCGCUUCGAGAAGCCGGCCAUUGUGCAGGGUGCCUACAGUUUCGAGGGCUAUGAACAACUGGAGGCAGAGGUCAAGAAUCUCCCCAAAAUAGUCUACGAGCGCUUCCUGGAUGCAGACAACGGUUUGGCCCGUACCUCGGGCAUAGCUCUGCUCGAACGCUUGGUGCUGGUAAAUCCUUUGAUCAUCUACAAUACGAAUUUCGUGCGAGAAACCUCCCUGUUGGCAGUGGACGGACUGGCCUCUGUGCGAAAAGCGGCUCUGGAAUUAAUGCAAACCCUCCUGGAGGCCUAUUCCAAUUGUUUCGCUUUGAUUUGUGUGUAUUGUCGCAUUUGGGCAUGUCUGCUUGGCGACGAGGAUGUGGCUCUGCAAAAGCUAGCCAUUCAGAGUUUCGAUAAAAUAGUGCUUAAGAACAUCCAACCGAUGGAGUAUUCGAAUGAACCAAAGCAUUUUAUGCCAUGGCGUAUUGUUAAUACGCUGAUGAUGACGCAGCCCCGAGCCUAUCUGCAGGAGCGAUUUGCUAUGCUUUUGGAGAGGGAGACUAUCGUCACAACUAAGCUGGUAAAUAUAAUCAUAUCGCAUUUAUCCACAUCAACGGACACGGAUGCCUGGGCCCUGUUGCUACUGCUCUCCAGCCGCAUCACCAACAACAUGGAUGCCCUGAUUGUACUUUUCAACGGCCUCUCCUCGUACAACAUGAAGGCCAACCAAGUGCUGGCCCUGCAGCUGAUCAUUUGCUGUCUGUCCAACUUCUCCAAGCCGGCGUUGAAUCAGCUCUUUCAGCGUCUACUCGAGGCCUUGCGAACGGGCAAUAUUUGGCUGGGUCUCAUUUCGAGUGCUGUGAAUCUGAUCAAUCAAAUCCAUCAUUUGUCCGACAGUCAAGGGCCGUCCGCUGAAUCGGAUGCCCCUCCAAACUGGCAGCUGACAUUGCUGGAUGAUCUCACGGAGGGCAUCUUGGAGAGCGCCAACAAUUUUCAGCAUGAGCAUACGCGUUUGCAGUGCCUGUUGGGCGCGUACACGGAAAUACUGGUAAUGCUGCCGCAGACGGUAGACACUCGCAUCAAGGAGAUCGUAUUCAAGUACCUGCGAGAGUGCACCAAGCUGAAGGAGUCUGGGUUCGACACGGAUAACGAACGCAUGACCAACUGGAUGAUCGUGAUAGCUGGACGUCUGUGUCUGCGAGAGCAUCGUCUGGCCAGCGAGGUGUCGGAGCUCUAUCAGACCAUAUUAACCAAGAACGACCGGCCGCAAAUUAUCAAUACAACCCUCAUAGCCAUCAAUGAUCUGGGGAAGAAGCAUCCGAACAUAUUGGAGCGAAAUUUCCAGUGUAUUCUAGCCAAAAUGCACUCAAAGUAUGCGAUGACACGGGUGCGAACAUUCCGCUGUGUGAAGGACGUGAUUCUCUCGGGCAUCAUUAAGCUAAAAGGACCCAUUCUCAUUUCCAUGCUGGCCGCCCUGGUUGACGACAGCGCUGAGGUGGCCCGAGAGGCGGAUGCAUUCUUCAUUCGCUACAAACGGCUGUACGACAAGACAGUGUUUGUUCAUUGCCUCAGAGAAUCUCCGUUCUAUCUCAAUGGCCAGCCCUAUCUGAAGGGUGUGGAUCCGAUUAACAAACGCUACCAGUCGCCGCUGAAGGGUGCCAAGAUGGUAAAAAGCCGCAGACUGCUCUAUAACCACAUUAUGUCCACGAUAGAUGAACACACGCUGCUGCUGUACUUUGGACAACUUAAGCUGCUGGCGGAGAAAAGCAAGGAUGAAGCAUUUGUGAGUGCCCCCGGCGCCUUGGCCGUGGUCCAGGACAUCCUCUUCAUUAUGCGUCGCAUUUGCUACCUCACCAAGGGUAAAGGCAGACAGCAAGGUGCCCGUCCUGAUGGUGAGAAUAGCGAUGAAGGAGAACAGGAAUCAGAGGCACCAGCACCUGCCCCCAAUCCUUCAACAUCAUCAGCAGGAGCAGCUGCUGGGGCACCCCCAGCGAGAGGACGUGGACGUCAACGUGUCGACUUGGAUGAGCCACUCAAACAAUUGGAACGUUGUCUGCGUUAUGUGGAGGAAACAUAUAGCAACCUUCAAUCGGUAAUGAGCCCCGAACUUCAGCAUUCCUUUGACAACUUGUGCCAGGCUUUGGCAAUGCGCUUUCCCAGCUACAUUGACUUUGCCCAGCCGGCAAAGUUCUGGCAAAAGUAUCGCUCUUCGAAGCCAACCAAGACACGAGCCAAACAACGCAGGCGGCGCGCUGCGGACGAUGAGGCUGAGGCCGAUACAGAGGAGGAGGAUGAUGCGGCCGAGGCCGAAGGAGAAAGCGACAGUGACAAUGAACUGCCAUUGGAGCGGCACAGGGACACACCAGCAACCGGAUCGAGUCGGGCGCAGCGUAGGAACAGCUGCGACAACCUCGUAACGGAGCUGAUAUUUCAGCCGCCCGACUGGUAGCUUAGAGCAAAGUUUUGGCCACCACAAAGCACCCAUAACGAUGAUUGACUUUGUUCAAUUCUUAAUUAAUAUUUCAUUUUAUAAAUUUGAUAAUUGUAAAUACAAUCAUUUCCCAAACGUU